AUAUUUUAUUCUGGUCAACUGAUAAAGCUUAUAUCACUCAACAUGGUGGUGAUGUUGGUCCCAAAAGAGAUUCAAAUGCGCCAUACAUCGCUCAAUAUGGCGUUGGUGGAUCCAACAAAGAAAUAAAAAAAUCUGCCACAGCCCAGGAUUCGGCUAAGCCUGACGUAACAAAUUAUGGCCUUCAUUCCAAGAAAACAUAUAUCACUAAAUAUGGUAGUGAUGCUGGUUUUAAGUUUACUCAAUAUGGUGAUGGCAUUGGUCCCAAAAGAGAUUCAAAUGCACCAUACAUCUCUCAAUAUGGUGGUGACAAUUCCAACAAAGAAAUAAAAACAAAGUCUGCCACAACCCAGAAUUCAGCUAAGCCUUAUAUGACAACCUAUGGCCUUCAUUCUAAGAAAACGCAAGGCUUGAAGGGAGGGCCACCAUCUUCCAGCGUAGACCACACUGAGGCAUUCAAGGUUGGAUUCUUCGCCAUGGAUGAUCUCUACAUAGGGAACAUUAUGACCCUCCAAUUUCCUGUGGAAGAGUUCUAUCACUUCCUAUCAAAGAAAGAAGCCGACUCCAUUCCUUUCUCAAUCCCACAACUUCCAAGUGUCCUUCAACUCUUCUCAAUCUCUGAAGAUUCUUCACAAGCCAAGUCCAUGAGAGGCACAAUUGAACAAUGUGAAGCAGGUACCAUCACAGGGGAGACUAAGAUUUGUGCUAACUCUUUAGAGUCCAUGCUGGAAUUCGUCCACAACAUCAUUGGAUCAGAGGAAAAGCACAACAUUCACACAACUACUCCAUCUUCAGGGGCUCCUCUGCAAAAAUACACCAUUUUGAAAAUAUCACAAGAUAUCUAUGCUCCUAAAUGGGUGGCUUGUCAUCCUCUGCCAUACCCAUAUGGUGUUUACUAUUGCCACUUCAUAUCAACAGGGACCAGGGUGUUCAAGGUCUUGUUAGAUGGUGAGAAUGGAGACAAGGUUGAAGCUCUUGGCGUAUGCCACUUGGACACAUCUGAUUGGAGCCCAAAUCACAUUCUGUUUAAGCAGCUUGGGUUCAUGCCUGGUGAGGCUCCAGUGUGCCACUUCUUCCCUGUGAAGCAUCUUAUGUGGGUUCCCCAACCCUCAACAGCCACCAUGUGAAAAGAACAGAGUUCUGUUGUUGCUUAGUGAGCAAGUUUCUAUGCAAUAAAAGGUCAAUGAUGGAAA